AUGCCGGCGGAUAAGCUCGUUCGGCAGAUUCAGCAGCACGAAGAAGCAAUGGCCACGAAGGGCUGCAACGGCGCUACUCCGCCUGAUGCUCCUGCUUCGACGGCGACUGCGGUCUGCGAGGCGGCGGCCGCGGGCAGCGUCGCGGCUGCGGAGAGGCCUCCUUUGCACGCAGUGCCUGCUGAGGUCUGCCGCAAGGCCGGCGCGCUGGAGGCGAAGUUCGAGCGCUCCGAGAAGGACCUGGGCGCAGCGAACCGCAGGAUCGAGAUCCUCGAGGGCAUGCUCGCGCUGAAGCGGAAGGAAAACGCGGACGACAAGGAGGCGGCGCACCCGGACGGCUGCCACUACGGCCACCAGAACGCGGCGCAGCACACCGGCCGCUUUAACGAAGGUACACGUCGGAGUUUUCGCAUUCUGAAAGGUUUCGCCAAGGACGAAGCCGCCGCGCUCGCGCGACUCCGGAAGGAGACUCCGAGGGAGCACAAGCCAACGGCGGACUGGCACCGUCGGCCUGCUCAGCACAAGGCGGGGUGCCAGACCGACCUCCAGGUCGACGGCGCAAUGCUGCGCAGCGCCCUCGAUGCCAGCCGCGCGCGCAAGCGCGCGAACUUCCGCCGCCGCGUCGGCGCGCCCCCCGCCUCAAGAGCCGAGGCGCAGCUGCGGAACUGGCGGCGGGUAGGCUCGCGUAGUCCGGGCGAGGUUCUCGACGCCCUGGCGGCCGAAAUCGUUGGCGCCGUACCAGGAGAUGAGGAACGUGAUCGACGUGUUACUCCUGGCGAAGUCCUCGACGCCCUGGCCGCCGAGUUCCCGGCGGCGGUCGCCGACGAAGCACAGCCGCGGGAUGUCGUCUGUGGUGAACCGACUGCGCUUGUCGCGCAGCGCGACGCCAUGGGCGGUGGACGCGGCGCGUCGGCACCGGGCUCUGACGGCACGCGCGCGCAGAUGAGCAGCCUGGCGCCGCGCUUCAGUCUCGCGGACGUGCGGGACCGUGAUCGACAUGUUACUCCGGACGAAAUUCUCGACGCCCUGGCCGCUGAGUUUUCGGCUCAAGUCGCCGACGGAGCAGGGCCGCGGGACGUCGCCCGUGGCGGACCUGACGCGCGCGUCACGCAGCGAGACGCCAUGGGCGGUGGAUGCGGCGCGCCAGCGCUUGGCCACAGCACGCGCAGCCACGCGCGCGGCCCCGCUCCGUUUAUCGGCAUCGCUGACGCGCGGGCGCUGCCAGCGAUCCCGACGACGACUCCGUUCGCGGCGCCACUGCCCAGCGAAGCGGCCCAGGCGGCGCCAGCGCCGAAGGCCGACCUUCGCGCUGAGGUCACGGCUGACUCGAGCCCGAACCUGGCGGCAGGCCCGCAGCUGGCCCCCGGCCAGGUGCCUGUGGUGGUCAAGGCGCAGGAAGCGAUCGGCAUCGCUUUCCUGGUGCUUUCCGGCGUGCUCACGAUCGGGACCGGGCUCACGCUUGGCGUGGUGCCAGCUGUCGCGCUGACCAUCGUGCCCACCACGGCCGCUCUGAGCAUGGCCAUCGUCGCCUUCAGCUUCAUGAGGAUCCUCGGCCGCUGGAUGGGCCUGGUGUGCAUCGCUGCCAUGGGCGUGGCGACCGCGCUUGGCUCUGCCUUGGGCAUCUACUCGGCAGCCAGGCCCCUGGACUUCCCGACGCGCGCCGCCAUCGCGGAGCUGGCGGCUGCCACAACUCAAGAGUAUGCGCUCGCGCAUGCCCAGGGUGUCGUGCGCACGAGCGGGGCCUCCGCGAGCGCUUGCCGUUGGAUUUCCCACCUCACAAGGAACCACGCGGCGCCGGCGCGCAUCUGCACCAUACAGGACUCGGCGGCCCACAGCCAUGGCUGGCUCCAGGUGCUGCGCUCACGCGAGCCUGCGGCAAGCGGCCCCGCGACAGCGGCCGUGGUCGCGAUCGCCCUGGGCGUGGCCUUCGUCAUUGUGUGCGUGGUCACGCGCGGCUUCAGCGCUGGAUCACACGCUCUGGCUGUGGCGGCAAGCCAGCACCAGUCUGUCUUCACUAUGGUGGGCGGCGUCCACCAGGACCCACGCCCCAUGCUAGCAGACGCUCCAGGGCCUGAGCCGGACUGGCAAACUGCCACGGGGGCCUGGCGCGACAACGUGCAGUGCGCCGUCGGCAUGUCAUCGCCGUGGGAGGCGUUCAGCAGCUGCGCCGACGGAACCCCUGAGAAGGACGUUCUGGGUGCCCCCGAGGUGUGGGAGGCUGACAAGAGCAGCGGUUCCAUCCGGGUGCCAACUCAGCAGGCCAUGGCGUUCUACCUCUCGGCCGUGGCGGGGACCACCUCCUCGCCUCCGGCGAGCGUGAUGAGCCGCGCCUCGACCAUGGUCUCGGUCGCCGCAGCGAAGUUCCAGGAGCAGCACGCAGCGCCAACUGCCCCGUCCAUCCCGGCGCACAAGCCCAACCCGCCGGCGCCGCAGGCCCAGACGGCGCCUGCAGCCCCCCCGCCGAAGGCCGCCCCGGCUCGCUCGCCCACGCCUCCCGCGCAGCCGACCCCCUCGGCUGCCGGCGUGCCUGAGGCCAAGCCGGCGGGGGCCGAGCCUGCCAUGACCCCCGUGCCGCUUGAUGGGUACGCCCCGCCAUGCGAAGGACUCGGCAUGAACGGUCAGUGGAUCUGGGGCCCGUUCAGCAUCGCUCAGAGCGGACCGACCUCGCGUCUGCCGAAGAACUCGCCGGUGCAUCUCGCCAUCAGCCGCGCCUCGCUCCCGCUCUCGCAGUCGAGCACCCUGUCCGUGCUGUGCGCCGACGGGAAGUGGCGCACUGUGAUACGCUGGCGCAGCGUGGAGCAGAAGAGGCAAUGGCAGAAAUACGGCAGGAGGUCAAGGCGCUGGUGGAAGUGGAAACUACGCAAGUACAGCGUGGUCGACUGGAUGAAGGCUAACGUGCGCAUCGGGAGGCAGUACGAGACACACCGAGCAGAUCAUGGACAUGCAGUCCGUGUUCCCAACAACGAGCUGAUCGAGAUCAAAGGCAAAGUGAUCCAUGACAGCCACAGCAUUGCAGUGGCCCAUGGGCAGUUCUGGUGCUGGAACUGUGCUGCGGUGGCUUCGCACAACGACUACGGACACGGCAGAGUGAACCUACUGGCGACGGAGUGCAGGAAUAAGAUCACGCAGAGCGGGCCCCACGACGCCCCGCCGGAGCCAUUCCGGCUCAAGCACGGGCUCUGCCGCCCGCGGUCGGUGCUGGUGGGCGUCGGCUGGCGACCCCACAGCGCGCCCCGGCAGCCCAGUGGCCACCGCGCGUUCGCGGUCUCCGAGGAGCUCGCGAAGACGGCCGUCAUUUCCUUGCUCGGGGCGGCAGCCGGCGUGACGCUGCUCGUUUGCCUGCUGGAUGUGCUGGCCAGGCGGCUCUACGCGUCGAUGAAGCGGGACAACCGCUUCCAGCUGGACGAGUGGCUACAGGACACCGCGCCGAGCGGCAAGGUGUGCGCCAAGGCGGUGAUCAUGAACAGGUGGUUCGUCGGGGGCCACGUGCCGUCCUCGGUGCCGCUGCCGCUGGCCCAGAAGGAGUCCCCCUUCGUGCGGGGCCUGCGGGUCACCUCGCGCCUCGCGCAGGCCGCAGCGGACGCGGACGCCGCGGCGCCGCAGGCGCUGACGGCGUGGCCCGCCAACUCCGUGGUGGUGGGCACCAUCCGCAUGGGGUUCGGCCACCACCGCAUUGCCUACGCCGCCACCUCGUGGGGGCUGAAGAAGGGCGCCCCGACGUACUUCCACGACUUCCUGGCAAUUGACUCGCCCGAGGCCACGCUGAUCAGGGACCAGGACAAAAUGUACAGCAGGGCCUCGCGGAUCGCGUCCGAGUGGGGGGGCUGCGCGGAGAGGAUUUGGGGCUCUUUCACGAAGAGCCAGGGGGACGCCACGCUGCUCAGGGUAUCAUACCAGAUGGCCGAGCACCUGAAGCCGCUCCUGCUCGGCAUCCCGAAGGACACCCCCAUCAUCGCCUCGCACAGCUUCGUUGGCCUGGCCGCAGUCGCCUGCGGCUUCAAGAAAGUCAUCAACCUCGUGAUCGACAACCAUCCCCAGUGGUUCUGCGUGGUGCCCGGCGCGCUCAACCUGGUCCAGGGGCCCUCCAACUACCACAACUUCCUGCGCAUGGGCGUCCCGCCGUCGGAGAUCCGGCUUGCCGGCCACUGGAUUCCCCAGAGUUUGGUGGACAACAUUCCCGCCGACUGCGAGGCGCGCAAGCAGCGGGCGCGCCAGAUGGCGCCCCUCCGGCUGGUCAUCCCCGUGGGCGGUGCUGGCGCGCAGCGCAAGUUCGUCACCAGUUUCGUUUGCGCGCUUGGCGACCGCGUGAAGGCUAGGGCGGUGAACCUCCUCCUGAACGCGGGAGACCACCCGCACAUGAAGACCGCCUUCGAGGAAGCUCUGCGGAAGUCUGGCCUGGACUACCAUUUGGUGGACUCCAACGACGGCGUGGACCGCUUCGUUGACAGCCUCCUGAAGGGGGGUCAGCCGCCGAAGGCUGUCACCCUCUUCGCCUUCGGGGACUACUUCCCUGCCGUGGCGACCACGGACAAGCUCUGCCGCGUGGCAGAUGUGCUCUGCUGCAAGCCGAGCGAGCUGGCGUUCUACCCAGUGCCCAAGCUGAUGAUCCGCCGCGUUGGCGAUCACGAGGCGUACUCCGCCCUGCGGGCAUCGGAGCUGGGGGACGGCACGCUGGAGGCCCGCGAGCUCGAGGACGCGAUGGCGUAUGUGAAGGUGUACGAGCAACCAGGCAGGCCGCUGCUGGUGCAGCAGAACGACAGCAUCGUGAAGAAUCACAGCAUCGGCUUGUACGACGGGUGUAAGAACGCCGUCGAGGGUGCUGUGGUCGCUAGCGGGUAUUCGAUAGCUCUCGACGUGGAGUUCUUCAGACAGCUGCCGCUGCAGCCGGUGGGUGUGAGGGUGCACGGAGGAUAUCACAGAAAGGCCAGCGGCGAGGCUGUGGAGUUGCUGGGCGGGGUCUCAGCCAUGGAGGCGCCGCGCUGGGCCGCCGCCCCGCCCGCGGCUGUGCGGCAGAGGCCGCUGGCCGCCGCCGCCGCCGCCGCGCCGCCGGCUCUCGGCGCCCGAGGGCGCCCGGCGGGCGAGGGCAGCGCGGCGGGUGCGGCCGCGGCUGCGGUCGCGCUGGCCGCUGGCGGCCGGGCACGCGGAGCUGCCACGCGCGCCGCCGCAGCGGCGGGGGGCUCUGAGCAGGCGGACCGAGGCUUUCGCAUCCUCGAGUGGGCCUCGUCGGCGUUCGGGGGCCAGAAGGGCCUGGUGAGGACAGCCCGCUGGGGCUCGCUGCAAGCUUGGCGCACCAUGGUGCGCGAGCUGGCGCCGCAGUCGCCGCGUGGCGACUUCGUGCGUGCGCCCAGCACGCUGGUGGCCCCGGAGGGGCAGCAGCUGAGCCUGGCCGAGGCUGGCCACGCGGUGUACGUGGGCAACACUUGCCCUUGGUGCCACCGUGUGCAGUUGGCGCUGACGCUGGCGCGCGUGCCACAGGACCUGGUGGCCAGCGUUUCCCUGCUGGACGACCCGGAGCGCGCCUCCCGGGGCGGUUGGGCCUUCGACCCCGAGAAGGGCGUGUCGGAUCCGGUCUUCGCAGCCGCAGACCUGAGGGAGGUGUACGACCGUGCCACCGGCGGCGGGUAUGUUGGCCGGUGCACGGCGCCACUGCUCGUCGACCGGGGGAGCGGCGGGGCGGUCUCCAACGACAACGUGCAGAUUGUGCGGAUGCUGACCGGCGCUGCUCGCCCCGCGCCCGGAGCCGCCCGGGUGCAGCUGGUGCCGCCGGAGCUGCAGCAGGAGGUUGAGGCCACCAACGAGUGGACGUACCGUCUGCUGUCGAACGGCGUGUAUCGGGCAGGCUUCUGCACCACCCAGGAGGCAUUCGAGCGAGCGGUGCGCGACGUGCGCGCGGGGCUCGAGCGCGCGGAGGCGCUGCUGGGCGAGCGGCGGUUCCUGUGCGGGGACCGGGUCACGGAGGCCGACGCCAUGCUCCUGCCCUGCGCGGUCCGCUUCGACGCGGUCUACGCCUUCCUGUUCCUCCGGGGGUCCUGCGGGCUGUGGCGCGAGAGACCAGCGCUGCGGCGAUGGCUGGCGGACUGUUGGGCGCUGCCAGGCGUGCGCGAUACCGUCGACGUGCGGGCAUGCCAGGAGAGCUACUACCGCACAUUGUUCCCGCUGAACCCGUCCCAGAUCCUGCCCGUGCCUCCAGCUGGCGAUUUGGCUGCCCUCGGGCCCGAGCGGGAGCUGCAGCAGAGCGAGGCCGACGAGCUCUUCCACUGGCUCUAG